AUGAGUUCUACAUCUGAAAUUAAAAUUGAGGGCGCACAGCUUCUCGCUAGUAACACUGUAGACAAGAAUCUAGUGCCCAACGUCAUAUCGAGCAAGCCGAUAGCAUUUGAAGCAAUGGAAAUUAUCGAUCUUACCAACGAUGAAUACGUUGCAGAAUUCAAAUCUAUAAAUACUCUACGAGAAGGGCGUACCGACAAGCAAUAUGAUAAAUCAUGCAAAACCAACUCGAAACUUAAAAACGUGAAAUUCAUACACGCCGCUCCGCUUUGCUACCUAAGUAAAGUAAUAUUUCACCAGGAUACUAGUAUGCCUGAGCUAUUCGGCAUCAAGUUUAAAAAUAUUAUGCUGUACGGCAAACUGACAAAAAUAAACAUUUUAAAAGACUUCACGGUUUACGAACUGGAUGAUGGAACGGCCAGUCAUAGUGUCUUCUACCGGCCAACUGGAAACAAAUAUCUAGAUUAUCUCAACAAGCUAAACAACUGCGAAGAUUUAUUACGAAGCGAACCAUUGCCGCAAAAUGAAGAAUCCACGAUAAACUCCAAAGAACUAAGAAGCCAUCUCAGCUUAUUAAUACGAAUAGCUAAAUUUCAUUGUUCAAAACGGUUGGCUGAAUUCAAGCUAGGUCAAUUAUGCUUCGUUUCGGGACGUUUAUUUGUGAGCCAAGACGGUCAAGUGAAUAUUUCAGCUUGGAGCAUAUUCCCAGACGGCGAACACAUCAAUUCAUGUGAAUUACUAUGGAAAAGCUACCUCAUUUCUCAAUACCAACCCAUCAUCAGCAAGUCCAAAGAAAGUACUCACAUCAAUGAAGCUUUACAGCAUUUUGUGGAUGGGAUAAACAAAAUAUUAAACAAAUAUGUGUAGGAGUUUGCACGGAUGGUGCGGAAUUUGCGCAUCGAUCUUACCGCUGCCCUCGAAAAUACAUCAUGACAGACAAAAAUUUAUCCGAAC